CAGAGGAAGCUCAGUGUGCCGCGUAUCGUCGAACGUGCAUCUGCGUGUCGUAUCUCCUCGCGUAUACUUUCGUUCGUUCUGUUCUUCCAUUUCUUCUGGUGUCGGUCGGUUACUUGGUCCUCGGCGCACACGCGAUCGAGACAUGUGACGACGAACGGCAAGCUUGGAAAAUGACGAGUAGAUCAUUCGAUGCGAUCACCGGCCACCGGAAGUGGUAAACGCGAGCCAGUGUUUUUUUUAGGACUGUGGUAAUCAUACAGAUUUCAUAAACGAUCGUGUUAAUCGUCGAAGAGACCUCGAUCGAUCGGACUUUGUUGAAAAAAGAGCAAAGAAUUCGCAAGUUUCGUCGGUGAGCGAGUUUCCGAAAGUCGCCGGAGGCCCAGCCAGCCGUGUUCUCAUGGACUUGCCAGCGUGACAGCUAAGACUCCGUCUCGUCUCUGUGAAACUUUUAAUCGAACGUUGAAUCUGUGCUCGCGGAAACGUACCUGGCGAAAGGUCGCGACAAGCGUAAAACACUCGACGAACAGACCACCCUUCAACGGGGAGAGCACCUAUUUUGAGAAUAAUCAAACUCGUCUCGUUCGAAGUCAGCCGGUGGUUUUCGUGAAGUAGCGCUCUUCCGGGACCUGGAAACUUCGUCCCGGACGUGUUUUCCGAGAAUCUUGAUCGUUUCAAAGGGCAAAAGUGCAAAGGGAGUCGAGUGCAACGCGUUGCAGAGAAAAAAUCUCGCUAGAGAUAACGAACCCUGGGAAUUGAUAAGAACAGAAAGCUCGAAGCUCCAGUCAGAAACGUGUUUUCAAAGAGAGAAAAUAGACUCUUGGGUAUAUCGUUGUUUUACGGUGAGCACACGCGCAAAAUAACAGAAAUUCGAGGAAGUUUACUCGUAAUCGUACCUCGGGAAUACGGUUGUCUUCUUUUUCUAUUGAAAAAUCGGAAAUUGCCGGAGAAUAGUGUAGCAGUAGAAGGAUCGGCGAACGAAGAGAAGCAAAGAUGUCGGAGAUUUCGCUACGCCGGAAGACCAGAUCGGCCUCGAUCUGUGCACCUGGUUUCUCCAGCAUGGAACAAAUGUUGGAGGCGAUGCCUCCCUCGGGUGCCAGAGAGAGGGAUAAAAUCGACAGAGAGAAGGAUAGUGGAAGCGGAACUCCUGACAGCAGUACACCAACGAGAAGACGUAGACCCGCGACGAGGUCUCAGAGUGCUCGCGUCUCUAGCGCGAAUAAGAGCAUUCGUCGUCGAGCCGCCGCUCAAGCUGCACACCAUCAUCAUCAUCAUCAUCACGAAGGCACAGUUAAAUCUGCUCAUUGCAGCAGCGAGCCCAGGCUGACCGACAAUGAUAUCAGCCCUGGCCUCAGAAGAAGAGGAAGUCGAAGAGGGCAAAGUAUGCAUCAUAGUCAUCACAGAAAGAGUAAUGCAUUUUUGGACGUUCCUGAUCCCUCGAAUCAGAUUCAGAGGGAAGAAGGUGAAGACGAGGACAGUUACAGGCUCAGAAGCUUCAGUCUCACCAGCAAGGGAGUCAUUAACAGGGGCGACUCUUUUAGAAGAAGAAGAUCAAGGUCGAACUCUUUGGCACCUGCGGAACAAGAUGGCGAGGAAAAACGUUCCGUGCCUGCGAAAGAGAUCAGCUCGUACACAGUCGCGAUACUGGGUGCAAGGGGUGUCGGGAAAACCGCCCUGAUCAGCCAAUUUAUGACCAGCGAGUGUAUAAACGCGUACGACAGACAGAAAGACGUACCCAGCGAGCAAUCCGUUUUCGUCAUGCUGAACGGCGAGGAGAGCGAACUGAGAUUCCUGAACGUCGCGAACCCGAAGACGGAAUUGGAGAAUAUACAUCCGGAUGCCUUUGUCAUCAUGUAUUCUGUGAUCGAUAAAGCGUCCUUUCAGAGAGCAGAAGAGUACCUAGAACGUCUCCACGACCAGGAUUUCCUCCGAGGAAAGUCGGCUAUACUAGUUGGAAAUAAAGUGGAUCUGGUCCGAUCUAGAGUGGUUUCUUCACAAGAUGGCAAGUGCAUGGCGUGCACCUAUCGGGUGAAGUUCAUCGAGGUCUCGGUCGGGAUCAACCACAACGUGGACCACCUGCUGGUCGGGAUUCUGAAUCAGAUACGACUGAAGAACGUGCAGGGGAACGCGGAGAACCGUACCGGAAACGGGGCUAGCGAGGGCAGCGGCCACUGGUAUAAGUCUAGAGGCGUGGUACGAGCCAGCAUGAAGGCCAGACAGAUGCUAACCUGGCUGUUUGGUAAAGAGGACAGCAAGUUCAAGAAUUGCGAGAAUCUUCACGUGCUCUAAUAGGCGAGCGGGUGAAUUUUCUUUCCCCGGCCGUACCUGACGGUAGAUUGUAAGGGCGGUGCUGUUCGGCGCGAUUACGCCACCCCUGCAUGAUACGAUACUUCCGGAAGAUCAUACUGUUCGGCCGAGCAAUAGUGAAGUCUCUGAGAGAAGUCAAAGUCAGCAUGACAUAGAGGGAUCUUCGUCUGUCGAUUAGCUGAUCGUUUUAAGAGUAACAAAGUUAUUUACUCUGUGUUUGAAAUUGGUAGAUAAAAAGGCACGAACCGUUAUAAUUUUUUAAUCGUUUCGCAGUAUUUGGUUCGAUGCGGAGUAAUUAUCAUAUACAGCGUAGUUUCUGUAAUUUUUAUAAAGGAAUAUAAAUUACUAAAAUCUGUGCAUCUUUUUGCUACUCGGUUUAACGCAGAGAUUAUCAAAUAAGAGUAUCUGUAAGAUUCAUCCGUCGAUCAGUCAUUUGUACGUGGUUUGUUUUAAAAACUGCUUACUUUAUAUUUGAGAUUUGCAAUUUCGAUAAACGGUAAACUACUAGGAUCCGUGAGACUUUUUGUGGUACGCAGGUUAUACAUAUCUUAACCUGUUUAAUUAACGCGGAAUAAUUAUAAAACGAAUAACAUCGUCAUCUGUAAAAUAUCUUCGCCCAUCGAUCGGUAAAUUGUACGUUGUUUGUUUCGAAACUAACGAGACUGUUUAUUUUACAUUCGAAGCGAAUAAAUUAUUGGAAAUAAUCUGUAAACUUUUUUUUAUAAUAUUCAGCGUAUACACGUCUAAUUAGUUUAAUGUAGAAUAAUCACCAAAUAAAUAACGAUAUUUUAAGUGAUAUCGGUUACUGUUGUUGCUCCAUCGCGACUUUAUAUUCUCCUUUAUAUCGAAUUAAUCAACCUAACUGCAAAUAAAAUUAUCUCUGUAAUUUCUUCUUAUAACGAGUCAUCGUCCUUGUACGUUUGAAAAUUCUAUGUGGGACCAUAGAAUAACCGAUACCAGUGCUGCCUACCUGCUUAGUCGUACACGUUAGAGAUUUUACUUUUGCUCGGUUAAGCAGAACAAGCUAGAAACCUUGAACGGUGCUACGGAAUUCUGACUGGAAUUCGUGAGACUAGUAAUCGGGUGAGAUUGUAUUUCGUUCGAGCGUGGUUCCGCUUGGAAUGGCCAAUUUGGUUUCUGAGCACUCCAGCUGAUUUGGCUUCUGAUUUUUGGAAUCUUGGAUAUUCGAGGCACGGAAUCCAUCGAAUUUUCCACCUUAGGUUUCUCCUUCUUUUACUCUUUUUUAACGUCUUUUCGAGAAACAGUCAAAUUAAAUAGAAGACGACAAAUAGUUUAUCGAAUGUGAACUUGUUAAGAAAUGCUACUCGAGUUGCAAAGAAGUCAACGAAUAUAAUAAUAUAACAGCGAAAUAUAAUUCCACGUAUAAUAGAAUGACAUAUUACAAUAAGCACUAAUCCUAGAAUACAAACGUUAUUAAAGAUAUCCGAGUAACAUAAACGUCUAUAAAAUGUACAAUUCUCUCCAGAUUUUUAUUUCGAUAGCAUAAUAUUAUAUUUUACUUUUCAUCGACACUUCGAUAUCUUAUUUACUUAAUAAUUCAAGAUUAAAUAUUUUAUUUGUAACAGAUGAAAGAUCUCUCAAUGGCAAAAGUCACAUGUGUUUGUGUUCUAGAAUUAACGGCGACACGAUAAAUUAUAAAGACCAGGAACCGCGAUAAAAUUAUCUUUAAACGUGUCAUUUUAUUAACCUGAAAGAGAAACAAUCGUGGGACGAAAUUGGUCAUUCCAACAGCCAGAGUAGAACCUGGAAAGAUUGGGGUGCGAUCAAAGUGCCAAUUAAUUAAAACGAAUGUGACCACUGUUUCUUUUUCGAACGAUUAAUUUUAAUUAAUGUUAGCUCUUAAGAACUUCCGUCGAGGAUCCGCUCGAUACCUACCGUAAUUUCGAUAAUGAUAAGUUUGUUAAGUCGUUAUCAUCGUCUGUGUUGGUUCGUAGUCUAUACAUGAAAAAUAAAUUGUAAAUGAUUCACACACACACACACACACACAUACACACACGUACAGAGGGCUUGAUUAAUCCUUUGAUCGUUUGGUUCUUUUAUAAAAUAUAUAUUCGAAUCUUUCAAUAUUUAACGCUAGAACUACCGCAGUGGUCAAAAUGAUUUUAAUUCAUAAUUUUUCGCGAUAAUUUUAUAGCGAUAUUUCAUAAGAAUGUAUGUAUUUUACAAUUAAUUUACGAUGUAUUUACGGUGCAUUUUUGGAGAUUUGAAUAAUUUCCUGUUUACUGUAUCGUUUGCAUUAUGUAUUUCUUCAUAUACAUAAUUUCACUUCAAUUCCUUUGUUGCGAGUUUUAUGCUUUAAUCGUUGGUAACUCUAGCGUUUAUAAAUCUCGAUACGAUCAGAAUAAUUUAUGAUGCAGUGAAAAUUAUAAUUUGCAUUAAUAAUUGAAAAGUGAGAAUCUGUAUCGUUCGUGUUUGAUUCUCGAGCUUUCCCGCGGUAUAUCAAAACUUUAUUUCUAUAAACGAUUCCAUUAUCGAAGAGACUAUCAGCAGAGAGCUGAGAGACAGAGAAUUAAAACGAAGGAGAACCUAGUCGAAAGAAAGAACUCGACAGACCCAAAGGGUUAAUCGAAAGGACGAAUCUUGGUGAAACUCGGCGAACACUCCUGAUAAAGAAGAAACGAUCAAAAAAGGGAAAACAAAGUAGUUCAAAUCGAUUUCAGGACGGGUACGAAGGAAUUUAAAAAAUCGGACCAUGGCAUGAAUUAGCGGCCAAUAAUGUUACGUCGUUACUGUACAAUAAGACCAAUUUAAUCUUUUUAAUCCGAGUUGUAUAUACGAUAAGUUUAACGAUAAACAAUUCUGUGUACCUACCUAACACAGAGAAAAAGAAAGAUAGGGAACAAAAGAAUGAACGAAAGAGAAAAAUAGAAGAAUGACGAACAGCAGCGAGAUACGUGUGUUAUAUUAUUAUAAAUAUACAUACAUACAUACUUAUAUGCAUAUAUAAAUAUAUAUGUAUAUAUUUAUAAAUUCCUAAUGUACGAUGAAUAUAAGUCCACGUUAGUUUUAUGUAGAUGUAUCGUUAAAUGAUCGACGUGUUGCUGUAUUGCGUGUUUUCCUUAAAAGGACGGGUACCAUGGAGAAUAUUCAUUUUUGGGACACUUUGAAAGCAAAUACGAAAAAUAAAGAAGACCAUACGUAGGUACACGUAUACAUACACACAUACACGCACACACAUACGUAUUUACACGUCUACACGGCCCACUGUCUAUUUUCUGCGAUCUCUAUGCCUAUGUAUAACCGAAUUAUAUAUAAAUAUAUAUAUAUAUAUAUAUAUAUAUACAUACUCGUGUAUAUGUAUAUACAGGGUGUUGGGGAAAGAUGGUUCAAGAAUAUUCAAUUGAUUGUAUGUGUCAUUUUCUAAACAAAGUGUUUCAGAGUUGUAAUAACAAACUGUUGUUCGUCUUUGAUAUUUGUCACUUCUAUUUAUGUACGAUUACUUAUUAUUAUCUUUUAUUUCAUGUACGAUAUUUUUUUACAAAACGCCGGUUGUAAUAAAGUGACGAAAUAUUUUUAUUUACUUCUCUAUAACUCUUCAUUCUUUCAUCCUUCAUUCUGACGUUCUUCGGACAAAAAAAGUCAUUUCAAUUUGAUAUUUCGAUCUAUUAGCUUUGCCUCUACGUUGGAUUCAUCAGCUAUGUUAACUGUUAUCAGAAUUCUUGUUCGUAGAAUUCUUUGUAAACUGUAAAUUUGUAUAUUCUUGAACCGUUUUCCCGAAGUAUCCUGUGCAUAUAUUUAAAACGAAGCAGUGUUGUAACAAGUAUAGUUCGCGCGGUAUAUCCGUCUCAGGGGCCAAGUUACUGGACUGUAGGAUAAAGAAGCACAGAAAAGAAAGAAAAAAAAGAAGGAAUAAGAACCAUUACGAUUAACAGCUUACGCUAGCUGAGCUAAAGGCAUCCAUUCGAAAGAAAAGCGCACGAAAACGUAUAAAAUCGAAAGGAGGAUAAAAAUCAUAGAGAACGGUAUUAUAUUUUCCAAAGUGCUGUUAAACGGCGUUUGCAAAUGGGAUAUCGAAUUGAAAAAGAAUCUUGUUGCAAGUUUUGGUAUUAUGAAGUGUGCAUAGAGAUUAUAUGUCAGAAGAAUUAGCGUUUCGAAGUAGUUCGAUAAGACGAUAAGAUUUUGGUUCAGACUUAAAGCAGAAAGCGUUACCAAGUUUAUGGAAGAUCGGCCGUUAAGCCAACGAAAGAAGGGAAACGGUUUGGGGAGCAUGAUACAUAAUUAAAUUUAAAACGGAUGAAUAAAUCUCGAUUUUAGUAGAGGAAGUUGAGAAACUCCGUUAUCAAAGCUGAAUGAUCAAAAAUGGAAAAUAAAUUCUAAUAGUGAUUUAAUAAUUGCAAAUUAAAUGCAAGAUCGCUCUGACAGAUUUCUGGCCAAUUUAGAACAAUUCGAAUUGUGCGAUCAAAAUAAAAUUAUUUUACUACAAUGGCUGGAACUACUGAAAAUCGAGGACAAUAUUAAAUUGUGAAUUCUAUCGCAAAAUAGGUAGCAAUAGGAUGCAAAUUUUUGCGGCUCGUUGAAUCAAAACAAUAUGAAAGAUAAAUGAAAUACGAAUAAUAUGCAACUACGUAUAACGUGAAACGAACUGUUAAAUAUAAUUACGAUAAGAGGGAUGUUAAAAUCGACAAAAAUUGUGAUUUAAUAGGGGAGUCGAAGUAAUUUCUUUGUUAAAAAAUUCUUUCGUAGAGAUACGUUUUUCGACUCACAGAUCGCAAGACUAUCUUCUUACAGCACUGUUAAAAUCGAACCAAAAGCCAGAAGAGUGAAAGAAUAUAAAAGUAACAGGACGUAAGAUUCAAAAGAAACGAACAUCUUGUAACUUUAAGUAAGAAUCGUUCCUUUGUUCGCUCAAACGAAGAUGACGAGUUAACGACACGUCGUCAUCGACCAUUUGAUUUAUCAAUUGCGAAACCAGCCAAGGUAUACAUUAUCGUUUGCCAUCGGUUUGCGUCGUCGUUGCUGCUGUUGUUGAAUUAAUUAAAACAAGAGAAGAUAAACCAGAAAGACGGAGUUCUAUGGAAUCGUGACUUGAACAAGAACCUUCGCGAAAUAAAAGAGCGAGAGAGGUUAAAAAAAGAAAGGGGAUUCUUAUCAAGUGCCUUUGUGUAUUUUUGUAAUUUAAGCUAAACUCGAUGUAAGUCUUUAAUCCAGAAAUACAACAGUGUAACCAUCAAAUGUAUAUCGAUUCUGCAAGCGCAUGCUCUUAUUAGUUUUCGAUAAUUCGUUGUAACUUGUCGUGCUUAUAAACGUUACCAAUUUUUCUAUUUAUUCUUCCACGUUCUUUUCACCGUUCCUUUUCUUCAAAUUAACGUUAUAUCGCGGUUUCUUUCCUUUUUUGUUUCUCCUUCUGCUCUUCGACGUUCUAUCCGAAGUCGAGAGAAGACGUAACGAAGCUCGUAUUUCUAAAUCUCCUAAGAAGGACCUUGUAACAACAUCUGGAAGAGUGAGAACGAUAAUGAAAGAAAGUAGCGAAACAAUAAUUAAAUAAGGGGAAAGACGAAAUAAGACGAGAAAAAUAACAUUUUCUUUAGAUUUUAAGCUUUCACGAUGGUUGAUGGACGUUAUCCUUCUGGUUUUUCGGCAUCAAUCGCGUUGUGCCUUCGGAUGCCGGCUUCCGCAACGUCCGCGAAAUGUUCGCGCAGAAGCGUAGCGCGUAACACGACUGAUCCCGAAAAGCCAAAAGCACGAUAGUUUGUCGUCGAAAGGGGAAAUAAUUUCGAACCUAAAGGUGCAUAAUCGUUUCGAAGAUAUCGACUUCCGGUUUUCGACGAUACACCCGCUCGAUGUCUACCGAUUAGCUGUUGCCAAGGUGAAUUUAUCGAUGUUACUUCGAGUAAGCGAACAAUGAAAAACGUUAUCGUCGUUGUCUGUUCGUUGUAUGAGUGGUGCGUGACGUGACAAUACUGCCAUCUCUCUUCGGCUGAUAGGGAUACGAUUAGGUCGUCGCGACGCUUUUCGAGGAAAGGCAACGGAGAUGAGAAACCAGGCGAAUUCUUGGACUCGGCCACGCGUCUUUUCUGCGCUAUAUUUUAAUGUAAGACUACCUGUCAUCCAGAUGGAAACGAAUGGCUCUAAUCCCGAGGGAUUAUUGUACUUCGGUGAUAAUAAAGAAGCGACACUUCAAAUCCUC